CAUGAUGUAUCCAGACCAAAAAAAUGGUCAAGGAAGUCACUGAGACCACAAUUUAUCGGCAGUUCCGGUCUGUAACUUUCAAUCCAGAAUAAAAUCUAGAAAGCUGAUUGGCAAUAAUUUUUCUCAAUUUUCCAUAUAUCUCAGUCCAUCUGCCACUCUUUAAUUGGUUGCUCUUCUUCUCUCUCCCCUGUUUCCUGUAUCUGUUUCAUCAGUUUCUCUCUCUGUGUUUCACAUGCACGGAGUGGAGUAACAUCCAAAUUCUCUGUAUCUGCAGAGCCCCUACCAGUCCAAGAUUUCUUUCUGUCUGUUGCAAUGGAGUUAGUCCCUUACACGGACCCCAAUUCAAAGUCGGAAUCCUCUACCGUCCCAUGGCAGGACAUGUUCAGAUCCGCUUCAUUCCGGAAGCCUACCACAACCAAUCCGCAAAAACCGCCAACCAAUUCAUCCAACGCCCCCCGGCACGCGUCAAACCCCAAUAACCCUGAUCAUAAAAAUACCUUCUCAGGUGAUUCUGAGGUGCGCCUUGCUCUUUACAUAGCCAUGGCUCAUGCCGGCCUUGCCUUUACUAUCUUUGUUCUUUAUUUUGUGUGCAAGCUUUUGCAAGUGUAUUUGAGGCCUAUUCAAUGGGCUGUUUUGUGUUCAAUUCCCUUGAGAGGGAUACAAGAGACCCUUGUUGAUUUCUGGAGCGAGCCUUUGAAACUAGGCCUUACUGAGACUGUUCUUGCAGUUCCAGUUGCCAUUUUUAAGGCUUUUGUAGGUACCAUUGCUGAUAUUAAGGAGGUUUUUUUACGGGUUUUUCUUAAAAGGCCAAAAAGAGGGGGUCCUCGAAGAACUAGAAGAAGUGGAUUUUCCAAGUUAGUGAGGUGGUUAGUGUCAUUUGGGGUGUUUGUGAUAGCCUAUGAGAGAAUUGGUGGUAUGGGUUCAUUGUUUAUUCUUGGUUUAGGGUUCAUGUGUAGCACUAAAACUGCUGGUUCUACAUUUUCUGCUGUAUCUUCUUUUAAGAGCAACAGCUUCAAGCGGCCUGCAAUCAGUGCAUUUUUCACCAGAGGGAUAUUGAAGAGAUUGAACACCAUUGUGGCAAUUGGAUUAAUUUUGGGUAUGAUUGUGGGGUUUUUGGCUGGAUUGAUCUUUUUCUCCUAUAAGAUUGGUGUUGAAGGAAAAGAUGCAGUCAUUUCAUUGAAAUCACACGUAGAAGAGAAUAAUUAUUCAGAAAGGUUUGGCAUUAAGAAGUGGAUGGAUGAGAAUGAUGUUCCUGGAAUGGUAGAUAAGUACACCACCACAGUCUAUGAAACAGUGUCUGAGCAAAUAGAUAGUUUGGCAAUGCAGUAUAAUUUGACGGAGCUUGUCACUGGGAUCAAGCAUUUUGUCAUCAGUCCCCCGGCAAAUUCCUCUGAGCAAUCAGCUGCGUUGAUUAGACCAUCACCCUACACAGAGAAGCUUGUAAAUUUAAGAACGAAAGUUACUAAUCAGGAAUGGGGGGAGAUUUAUACAGAAUUAGAUGCAAUUUUUAGGGAAUUGAUAAUCACCAGGGAGGAUCUUGUUGAGAAGGCAAAAGAGUUUGCUAUUCGAGGGAUGGAUGUGUCACAGCGUGUAUUUGCUAGUAGUGCAUCUGUUUUGGGCGGCAGCGCUAAACUCAUGUUCUCUGUUGGAAAUUCCAUCAUCUCUGGAGCGGCUGAGGUUCUUAAUUUUGUGUCUCAGUCAAUGGUGUUCUCCUGGGUUUUGUAUUAUCUAAUUACAUCAGAGUCUGGAGGGGUAACUGAACAAGUAAUGUGCAUGGUUCCAAUUCCAAAAGCAGCAAGGACUAAGUGUAUUGAUGUUCUUGACAAUGCUAUUUCUGGAGUUCUGUUGGCUACUGCUGAGAUUGCAUUCUUCCAAGGUUGCCUCACAUGGCUUUUAUUUAGACUGUAUAACAUUCACUUCCUGUACGUAUCAACUGUGCUGGCAUUCAUCAGCCCUCUGCUUCCAAUCUUUCCACCUUGGUUUGCAACAAUUCCAGUCGUUGUGCAACUGGUGCUAGAGAGUAAAUAUGUACUGGCUAUUAGCUUGUCCAUUAUUCACGUUGUGCUUAUGGAUUAUGGUACAUCUGAAAUUCAGGAGGAUAUACCUGGUUACAGUGAAUAUCUUACUGGGCUCAGCAUUAUUGGUGGAAUGACAUUGUUCCCAUCUCCAAUGGAGGGAGCAAUAAUGGGGCCAUUGAUAACCACUGUUGUGAUUGGUCUCAAGGAUUUGUAUGCUGAAUUUGUUCUGGACGAACAUGAGAAAAAUGAUUAGCAAAAUGAAGUCUGAAACUCUGCCAGUUCCACCUUCCAAUUCUGUUGCUUUCAACCUGUGAACUGAUUGCUGUACAUUAGUUUGAGCCACUUUCAGCAGAGGCACAUGGCUCGGCCAUUCUCUUCCCACACCAUUUUUUUUUUUUUUUGGCAAUGUCUUCCUACACCAUUCAAUUGUAGUUUGGUUUCUUUCUUGGUAAGACAGAUGCCUAUUUUGCAUUUUCUUGGUUGUUAGCAGCAUCAUGUAAGUUAAAUUGUACAUUUUUUUUCCAUGCAUUUAGUGCCCUAAGAUUUUGUGGAAUGCCGUAUUGAAGUUGUGAUGUAUUUAUGAGAAUCUUUAUUGUUGUAAGUUCAUAAUCGCAUGGCCCGAAUUCUACUGCCUCAAAUAGACAUUACAUUCUAUAUAUUUCAAUUUCUGAUUUCAUUCA